UCCUUCGCUUGUCCUUGAUAUAAUUACAACAAUGUAGUAUCCGUGAAUCAUGUUUCUCGGCACGACGUUCAGAGCAAAAAAUGUUUAUUUUGCAUUAUUGUUGGCCUGCCUUAUCGCUGGGAAUUCAUUCCGUUUUGUCGUGUUCGAGGUACGCGUCGAAAUUCUUUUUGACUUAAAAAUGCCUAAACGUAAAAUAAGUGAGGGAAAAAAGUGUGAAGUGAGGAAACUUAACAAAAAACUCAAGAAAAUACAGGAUAAGCUACGACUACUGGAUUCAAGCGAUUCGUCUUUUACGUCAUCUAGCGAAUCUUCAGGUUCGUCUUCGGACGUAGAACCCAAUAAUGAAGAAAUCCAGAUCAUACCUCAAACGGAGACAGCACCAGAACAGAUUGAAGUAGAUUUUGACUUCUUUGGCAGCAAGCCGCUGGACGAGGCACAAAUCGGUGUAGCAAUACACAACGAGAUUGCAGUACGCUGGAGUGCAGUGCUACAAUCGGGGUUAACCAGUGCACAAAGAAGUGACAUUACAGAAAAAUACAAAAUUCCCGAAAAUUGUCUACAAUUGCUACCUCCAAAAACAAAUGAUGAAAUACAACCAUGUCUUCCCGAUGGGGUUCUUAAACAUGACAAAUUCGUUACAGAGUUGCAGGAUUUCUAA